GUGAUGGGGCGUGGGCAGUUCGAGAGAGGAGGUAGCAGGGGCUGAUGGCAGUGCACGUGGAGGGUCAAUGGCAGGCGUGACGGCAGCGGGAGCGGUCGCUGGCAGCUCUCCGGACAAAUGCAGCCGCAGCGGGCGUGGCGGGCGCGCAGAGAAGCAGACACGGGCGGAAGUGCGCCCGUUGAUGUGAGAUGGGAUUUGAAACGACGACGGCGAGCGCAGCGCUAGGGAACCCGGUGACACAGAGGGACGCGGUUCGGCGCUCUCGUGCAGCAACAGCGCACAGCAGCACUAGCGUUUGCAGGAGGUGCGAGGAAGGCGCGCACGGCGGGUCGCAACGCUGGGAAGGUAGGCGGGCGCGCAGGCAGCGUCUCAAUGCGGCAGCGACGGUUGACGAGGGCGUGUGGGGGGGGCGAGCUGCGAAUGCGCUGCUGGCGACGGGGGGCGCGGGGACGAGGGCGGGCGCGGGCAGCACGGCGGAGGGGGUGCAAGACGCGGUGGUUGCUGGGUGCUGGGUGCUGGGUGCUGGGUGCUGCGUACUGCGUGUCGGGGGCUGCGUGCUGCGUGCUGCGUGCUGCGUGCUGUGUGCUGCGUGCUGCGUGUCGGGGGCUGCAGGCGCGCUGGGCGUGGUAGAGGCGGCGUCAGUGUCGCAAGCAGCAGCGCGCUCGUCGAGGGCCUCCGAGCAGCAUUGGGCGCACUACAGGAGCAUGCACAGCAGAGGGGCGGCGCAGAGGCAGGCGACGGUCGGGGCGUGCGGUGCUGAGGGGUGGAGGGAGAAGACGUGAACGGUGCGACCUGUGGGUACGAGGAACGACUCGCGAACAAAAGCAGUUUGGCCCGCGCCCGUCUCCCCACUCACAGCGCAGCGAGGGCGGCCAGUAGUGUCCACAUGGAAGCCGCGCAGAAGGCGCCAGCAGGUGUUCUCGAAGCCUUUGCCCUCCGCCGAAUCCUGCGCCGGGCUGCGCGCUGCGCGCUGCGCCGGACCUGUCAGUUGCACAUGUCCCUGCCCAGGCGGUCGCCCACGGCUG